GGACCGCCGAGUGGGUCGGUUACACUAGGUACCCGCGAAGGCUAGCUUUUGCAAAUUUUAGCAGUAGUAAUUCUGUGUCAGGGCACGAGGCUUUGGGAAGUGAGGAGAGGAUGAGGGACAGUUCAACAUCCAACUCAGCUCCUUCAUUAGUGACAGAUCUGUACUGCACGCCCUCCAGCAAUAGGUCACACCUCUUCCUUCCGAGUACAGCAGGAAACUUCAGCUCAGGCACCAGUUUAUCUAUUUGUGUGAGGCCUGGUGAGGGUGCAGUGGAGCCCAUGCAGAUUGACGUAGAUCCACAAGAAGAUCAGCAAAAUUCACCUGAUAUCAACUAUGUAGUGGAGAACCCCACACUGGAUUUGGAGCAGUAUGCAUCCAGCUACAGUGGGCUGAUGCGGAUUGAGCGGCUGCAGUUCAUUGCUGAUCACUGCCCACAGCUGCGGGUGGAAGCUCUUAAGAUGGCUCUGUCAUUUGUCCAAAGAACUUUCAAUGUUGAUGUGUAUGAAGAAAUCCACAGAAAGCUGUCUGAGGCCACAAGAGAACUGCAAAAUACACCUGAUGCUGUCCCUGAUAGUGGAAUUGAACCCCCUCCUCUUGACACAGCUUGGGUUGAAGCUACACGCAAAAAAGCUCUUCUUAAACUGGAGAAACUCGAUACAGAUCUGAAAAAUUACAAAGGGAACUCCAUCAAGGAGAGUAUCAGGAGAGGCCAUGAUGACUUAGGUGAUCAUUACCUGGACUGUGGAGACCUCAGUAAUGCUCUCAAGUGUUACUCACGAGCCCGUGAUUACUGCACCAGUGCUAAACAUGUCAUCAACAUGUGUCUCAAUGUUAUCAAGGUCAGUGUCUACCUCCAGAAUUGGUCUCAUGUUCUGAGCUAUGUAAGCAAGGCUGAGUCUACACCAGAAAUUGCAGAACAAAGAGGAGAAAGAGAUAGCCAGACACAAGCAAUUCUCACCAAACUGAAAUGUGCAGCAGGCUUGGCUGAACUAGCUGCCCGGAAGUACAAACAGGCAGCAAAGUGCUUCUUGUUGGCAUCAUUUGAUCACUGUGAUUUCCCUGAGCUAUUAUCUCCCAGCAACGUGGCUGUGUAUGGUGGGCUCUGUGCCCUUGCUACAUUUGACCGUCAGGAACUGCAACGAAAUGUUAUCUCCAGUAGCUCCUUCAAAUUGUUUUUGGAGCUGGAGCCACAGGUUCGUGACAUCAUCUUCAAGUUUUAUGAGUCUAAAUAUGCUUCAUGCCUGAAGAUGCUGGAUGAGAUGAAGGACAACCUGCUGCUAGAUAUGUACCUUGCACCUCAUGUCAGGACACUUUAUACCCAGAUUCGAAAUCGUGCCCUUAUCCAGUACUUCAGCCCCUACGUGUCAGCAGACAUGCGCAAGAUGGCCACUGCUUUUAACACCACAGUGGCUGCUCUGGAAGAUGAACUCACUCAGCUGAUCCUGGAGGGACUGAUCAAUGCCAGAAUAGACUCGCACAGUAAGAUUCUGUAUGCUCGAGAUGUAGAUCAGCGCAGUACAACUUUUGAGAAGUCUUUACUAAUGGGCAAAGAGUUUCAGCGCCGUGCCAAAGCAAUGAUCCUGCGAGCUGCAGUCCUGCGCAACCAGAUACAUGUCAAGUCUCCUCCGAGGGAAGGUAGCCAAGGGGAGCUCACUCCAGCUAACAGCCAAUCCAGAAUGAGCACCAACAUGUGAAAAACUUCGUGCACUACCAAAAGAAAUGGUCCCUCAGGACUGUACCCAGUGUCUCACCCACUAACUGCUGAGCUUCACAAACUGUCCCUAUCUCCCUCCCUUCUUGCUCGGGUUGAGAGAGUCAGGGUUGGUUUGGUGGUGGAUAAUAUGAAUAUUCCAAUAACUUCAAUUCUCUUGAAAAGAAAUUAUUUUUAAAAACAGCAUCCCUGCAAAUGGAUCAUCAUUUCAGUUUUGGUAGAAACCCUUCAUUCUCCUUCCACCACUCCAUAAAGAGCUGUCAGGUUAUUCAUACAGAUGCUGAGUUGAGAGUUUUUCAGCUGCUAUUAGUUUUCUUGUUUCAAAGCUGCAAAAAUAGUUAGUUGAAUGGACAGGCAUGAUAUAAGAUGAGUUUUGCUGGCCUGAAAGUAUUGCCUUGAUUUUGAGCAAUGCUGAGCUUUCUGUUUUCAAAUAAACUUACAAGUGCAUUGCUCUCAAUUAUGGAGCUAGAGUUCUGAUGGGGGACGAGAUUUCCUUUGAGAAACUCUUGGAGAAUUUUCACCUGCACCAGAAAAUAUGACAUUGCUUCCAUGCAUUCAGUCACACGUCUUUAUUUUAGGGUUUUAUGUUUACCUGCAGCCAGGUUCUCUCUCUCUCUCUCUCUCUCUCUCUCUCUCUCUCUCUCUCUCUCUCUCUCUCUUCCCCUUCCCCCCCCCCCCCCCGCCUCUGGUUUCUAUUUUCAAAGAACUGUUUCCUGAUGUGUUUCCCACUUGUGUGUGACCUAGCUUUGGGGUCCAGUGUUAUCAUAGCAGUAAAUCUCUACUUCAUGCAAAUAUUGCUGCUUGCCCAGUCUUACUGCCAUAGUGUGUGAUGGCUUCCCCACAUGUGCAACAGUUGUUUUGGGUAGAAUGGAUAAAUGCCAUAAAACACCACUCAAGUCUAGUGGAAGCGCUAAAAAGAGUCAGUCUAGGUGCCCACUCUCCAGGUGCAUUUAUUCUGCUUUUCCUUUUAUAAAGGGGUUAAAGGUGGCAGCCCAGGGUGUUAGUGUGUGUGUGUGUGUUCUUCCUGUGUUCAUGAAAGGAGAUAUGCACUGAAUUUUCUGAAGUCAACUGCAGCCUUGUAUUCAUCCAAUCCAUAAGGCAAACUGAGAAUUUUACUCCAGCCCUGACUGGUCUGGCAACUGACUACAGAUGUUACUGUUAAUGUGUUCAUGCUUUUUUAAAAAAAAUGAGUUGUUAUAUCUAGUGCAUUAAAUAGCAGGAUUUAAAAGCU